UAGAAACACCAAGGUAGCAACUACCUUCUCAUUUUGUAUGGAUUGGAUCUGGCCCAAUAACUUUGGACGAAAGUUUAAACAGCCCAGCAACAGAGUUCCGGGAAGCAGCCCAUUGGACAGCUUAUCAGCCUCGUAUGCACUGGGCCAGCUAAAUCGGUUUCCCCUAUUUGACAUUUCUUGGCCCCAAGAAGAGGGGAGUGCAGACGUUCAAAUAACAUGAACUUUCCGGAAGUCGAUGGACCACGACACUAAAUGCUG